UCAGCUGUAUGUAUACAUAAAUUUAUUACGUAUAUCGUAGCUUUUUUUUUUUGUUUUCCUCCUUAAUUUAGUUGUUUUAGAUUUCCCUACAUGUUGAAUGUCCCCAAGUCGCUGUCUUUGGCCUGAUGUGAUCUCUCCUUUCUGUUGCAGAACCGCAUGCACGAAUCACUGAAGCUUUUUGACAGCAUCUGCAACAACAAAUGGUUCACAGAUACGUCUAUCAUCCUCUUUCUAAACAAGAAGGACAUAUUUGAGGAGAAAAUUAAGAAAUCUCCACUGAUUAUCUGCUUUCCUGAGUAUACAGGCCCCAACUCUUUCACGGAGGCAGUGGCUUACAUCCAGGCUCAGUACGAGAGCAAGAACAAGUCCCCCAACAAGGAGAUCUACACGCACAUCACCUGCGCCACCGACACCAACAACAUCCAGUUCGUCUUCGACGCCGUCACGGAUGUCAUCAUCGCCAACAACCUGCGGGGAUGCGGACUCUACUAAAGC